GAGAGAGAUCCAGAGAGGAUGAGUUUUAAUAAGCUUGGAUUUCUUGCGUUUAUGGCCAUGGUGUUCAACUGCACCGACGGAGCAGAAAUCACAUUAGAUAGAUGUGAUAGUCGCAGCAGCAGAUAAAUAUUUGUGUGUGAGAGAUUUUAGUGCUGUAAAUCUAUGGGGAGUUUUGAGAGAAGGGGUUCAAUCCUCCCAGGCCUGGUGUAGGAUCGUUCAGGGCAAAAGUAGUGGGAUGGGGUGGUGGUUUUGGGGGAUAGUAUGGUCCAUUACUAUUUCACUGUUUUUUUGUGACCAAAAUGUGCAAUCCGCAUUCCGACCUGUGAAAGGCAGCAAUGGGCAACACAUCGUCUCGUCUGCCGGAAAUUCACAAAGUAGUAAACGGAAGUGAACCGAGACCAAUAACAGUUACAACGUUUGCGUUUUAUUUAGACGUAAAUUAAAACCCUGGAACUCAAAAUAUCACAUACUUCCUCCAUGUAGUGUUUAAUUCGCGUUGGAGACAAGACUUAGUUGGUGGAUGUUAUCUAGGUAAUGCUAACUCGCGUUGGAGACAAGACUUGGUUGAUAGAUGUUAUCUAGGUAAUGCUAACUAGCUAGCCGCUAAGAAUGGCUAACUGUAACGUAAUGGUUUCUCACACUCAAAUAGCCUCCAUAAUGGAGGUGCUAGCGAAUACAGCCGUGGAAGAGAUCUGUAAACUCGUAGACGACGACUAUGCAGUGUUUCGUUUGGAAAUUUCUCAAAGACAGAAAGAAAACAGGGGAUUGCGAAGGAAACUACAGCUACUGGAACUGAAGGUAUCACGGGAGCGCGCACUCGCCAGUAGUGUCAAGAUCCUCGACCGAUACAGAGGAAUGGCAAGAGGUGAAGGACAUCUCACUGGAGGCCACAGAGGUUUUGUGAAGCCAGCGGGACACAAUACAUGGAGAGAUGACCAACCAAUCACGGUUGUUGAGGGAAGUGGAACCUCAUCCCAGCAUGUUAUGGUGAUAGAGUCUGCAGAUGCAGAGGCUGCAGGUCCUGGGGUCAAGCAGGAGAAGUCUACAGGAGAGGAGGACCCAAUGUACUGCAGAGAUAUCCAGACUGGAGUGCCCCCUGUAUCCACAGAAGACCCCGUCACCACCCCAGCACUGCCCAGAACUCGACACAGCAUCACGGAGGAGGAGGGUCCAGAGGUGCUGCUGGUGAAGGAGGAGGGGUGUGAGGAGAGUCUGGGGAACCCUGAGGGGCCCAUGGACAUGGAGGACAACCAGACUACACCUCCUCCUGAACUCACAGAGGAACCAGCUGAGCAGCACAGGACCACACACAGUCCCAAUGAGUCAGUAGACAUGGAGGAUGGGAAGCCUGAUCUGCUGCUGGUCAAAGAGGAGACAAUAGAAGACGAACCAGAGAGCAUUGACCUGCUGAGUGGUCUAAAGGUGGGGGAGCAAGGUGGUUGGCUAGAGGCUAAUAGAGGAGACUGGGCGACCAUCUUGGAUUCCCAGACGGAUGCAGCAAAGGCACCAGGGGACAUCAUCACUGAGCAGGCCACAACCAGAGGUGACUUGGUGGAGUCUGCAGUCCAUGAGGACCUGCUGAUGUCUGGUGUUGCUGGAAGGAGAGACUGGAUCUCUGAGGUGGCUGGUCACAAACCCUGGCCGCGGAUCAGGCCACUGGAUCAGGAGCCGUCACGGUUCCUUCUUGAAUCGGAACCAGGUCCCAACCGCGAGGGACAGAGACUCCACCAUCACACAGAACACAACCAGUGGACAGGUGGACUGAACAGCCUCAAUCCUGGUGGUCAUCAGAGAGAUAGAGGCUCCAGUCAGCAGCCCAGACCCUUCUCUUCACAGUCUCAGUGCAGGGAUGGAGCAGGACCUGGGCCUGAUAGAGAUGGACCCUCCUGUUCCUAUGAAACAAACACCACUGUAUCCAUGAUGAACAGAUCAGGCUACCCUGGGCUUCAGCCUUCACAGAGAGUGGUGGGAGACCCCCCUGGUGGUAGUCUAUCAGCAAGUCUGUCUUCUCCUUCAGGGUCUCGUCUAAUGCCUGGUGACUGGGUUCAUAGACAGCCUGGACCUGGGUCUAGCCUUCCUGGUGAUGGUUACCCCACAAAUACAGACAGGGUCAGGAUGGGCGUACCUCACAAGAGGUACCUAGCCUAUAACAUGGCAAACAAUCCCAACAACACCCAAACAAUGGCUAGAGGUCAAGGAGGGAGCUCAAAAACUAACCACCUGAGGACGGUGGCUCCUGCUUCUAUCUCCUCUGGUGUCAUUGGGUCACAACGUGAGAGGCCGAGCAUUAGUACCGACACCGACAAGCCCUACUCCUGCCCCACGUGUGGGAAGUGCUUCGCUAGGGCAAACUAUUUGAAGGAGCACCAGACCGUUCACACCAAGGAGAAGCCCUUCAAGUGCAAACUAUGCUACAAGAGCUUCUCCUUCCUGACUAACCUUACCAGACAUAAGAGUGUCCACAACGGGAAAAAUUUGUAGCAGUGUGGUUUGAGAUGUACACAGGGGAUGUCUGGGAAUUAUUCUUCACCUGACAUAUUAUAGUUAUCAUGUGAAGUGUCUUGGGAUAAGAAGGUAAUUAACCACAUACCCCUCAUUAACCCUUUAUUAACAUGUCAUGUUCUGGAGCAACGUGUUGAAGGUGCCUGAAGUCAACUCUGAAAGACUAGCAGGAAGUGUUAGUUGCAUGCAUGAGAGGACCAAUGGGCAGGCUCGGGAGGAGAUCGUUGAUGUCACUCGCUCUCGGAGCUGGAGCUGCGGGGUCUUUUCCUCUGCCGAGGGGGAGACGAGGGCCAGCUGAGGGGGACCAAUUGGAUUGGUGCUCACCCCUGCCCCUCCGUGUCCAGCGUCUCUGUUCUUAGGGGGACGGUCCAGCCUCUUGGGGUUCUUCUUGGAACUUAGGACAUAUCCAGGCUGUUUCACAUCCGGCCGUGAUUGGGAGUCCCAUAGGGCGGCGCACAAUUGGCCCAUCGUUGGCUGGGGUAGGCCGUCAUUGUAAAUAAUAAUUUGUUCUUAACUGACUUGCCUAGUUCAAUAAAUUAUCAUUUUAAAAAUAUGAAACGUGCUUGUGUAAAUAACAGUUUUUAGUGACUGUAAACUUAGGCUAGAACAAGGACAGUUACAUAUUUACCUUAGUGAGGUGAUGUAGAUGGAAUAGUCAUUCUACUCUAUUCUUGCUAACACACUGUUUGUUCUAAACAAAUCUGCUCUCAGCUUCAAAGAUACUGAUCAUAGGAGAUUCUGUGUGUAAUCAGUGGUGGAAAAAGUACCCAAAAAUCAUACUUGAGUAAAAGUAAAGAUACCUUAAUAGAACAUGACUCAAGUAAAAGGCACACAGUAAAAUUCUACUUGAGUGAAAGUAUAAAGGUAUUUGGUUUAAAAUAUACUUAAAUAUAAAUAAUUUAAAAUUCCUUAUAUUAAGCUAAACAGAUGGCACCAUUUUCUUGCUUUUUUAAUUUACGGAAAGCCACUGGAACACUAGUUUAUAAACGAACCAUGUGUGUUUAGUGAGUCCGCCAGAUCAGAGGCAGUAGGGAUGUUCAGUUGAUAAGUGCGUGAAUUUGACCGACUAUGUUCCUGUCCUGCUAAGCAUUCAAAAGGUAACGAGUACUUUUGGGUGUCAAGGAAAAUGUAUGGAGUAAAAAGUGCCUUUGUUGCAUUUAAUCACAAUUUUAUUUCAAUGGGCUAUCUCUUUGAAAUAACUUCUCAGCCUAUUCACAAUAAUAUUGGGCUGAAUGCUGAUAGGGGAAACUUGCUGAAUGAUCAGAGAAAGGAUAGUCAAAAAAAACUAUUUACAGAAAAAUAAGUCCUGGAUGCUUUGCUGGCAAUCGACAACAAGAAAUCCACAGGGGCCAACCAAUUGGAUCCAGGUCUACUUAGGUUUGCAGCACCCAUCAUUGUUGGCUCGAUAACCCGCCGUUUUUAUUUAUCGUUUAUCAGGAAAUAUUACACAAUUAUGGAAAUCAGCUCUUGUGCUGCGUCUCCAUAAGGCCAGGAUAGUAGUUAUCUUAAUAUCACCCCAUUUCAAGCUUCUUGAAUCGUUGGUAAAUGUACAACUUUGCUAUUUUCUAUCUGAGAUGUAUUUUGAAUGUAAACCAAUCAGGUUUUAGGCCUGGGCAGAGCACUAUUACAGCAACCACUUUAGUUAUGGAUCUUGUCAAUGCUUUAGACACUAAAAUGAAUGUGUUGCUUUGUGGACCUGUCAAACGCUUUUGAUACUGUUGAUCAUGUCAUUUUAUUGAAUAAGUUGUCAUCGAUAGGCCUGAUUUCUGACGCCUGGUUAUCUUAGUGACAGAACUCAGGCCAUCGUGAUUGAUGGGGUUAAGUCUGAAUUUCUUGAGGUACAUAAGGUGUACCACAGGAGUCGAUUUUGGGACCUGUAUUCUUCACUAUUUCUAUAAACACCAUUGGUUAAUCUGUUAAAAAUGGUCAACUUCAUCUACAUGCAGAUGAUACUGUUUAUGCUAUUGCCCCAACUGUCGAUCUGGCUGUGUCAAAACUACGGUCAAACUUUAUAGCUAUGCAGGAAUCCCUUGCUGAUUUAAAAUAUGUGAUUAAAAUGGGCAAAUUCAGUGCAUUUGGAAAGUAUUCAGACCCUUUGACUUUUUCCACAUUAUGUUACGUUACAGCCUUAUUCUAAAAUGGAUUAAAUAAAACAAAUUCCUCAGCAAUCUACACACAAUACCCAAUAAUGACGAAGCGAAAACAGGUAUUUGGACAUUUUUGCUAAUUUAUUACAAAUAAAAAACAGCUUAUUUACACAAGUAUUCAGACCCUUUCCUAUGGGACUAGAAAUUGAGCUCAGAUAAAUCCUGUUUCAAUUGAUCAUCCUUGAUGUUUCUACAAAGGCACCUAAAGACUCUGACCAUGAGAAACAAGAUGGUCUCUGGUCUGAUGAAACCAAGAUUGAACUCUUUAGCCUGAAUACCACGUGUCACAUCUGGAGGAAACUUCACCUACAGUGAAGCGUGGUGGCAGCAUGCUGCUGCUGUUUUUCAACGGCAGGGACUGGGAGACUAGUCAGGAUCGAGGUAAAGAUGAACGAAGCAAAGUACGGUGAGAUCCUUGAUGAAAUCCUGCUCCAGAUGGCUCAGGACCUCAGACUGGGGUGAAGAUUCACCUUCCAACAGGACAAUGACCCUAAGCACAGAGCCAAGAGAACGCAGGAGUGGCUCGGGACAAGUCUCCGAAUGUCCUUGAGUGGUCCAGCCAAAGCCCAGACUUGAACCCGAUCAAACAUCUCUGGAGAGACCUAAAAAUAGCUGUGCAGUAACGCUCCUGAUCCAACCUGACAGUGCUUGAGAAGAAUGGGAGAAAUCUCCCAAAUACAGGUGUGCCAAGCUUGUAGCGUUACAGUAUACCCAAGAAGACUCAAGUCUGUAAUUGCUGCCAAAGGUGCUACAACAAAGUACUGAGUUAAGGGUCUGAAUACUUAUGUAAAUGUGAUAUUUCUGUUUUUUAUUUUUAAUAAAUUAGCAAACUUUUCAAAUACAUUUUAGAAUAAGGCUGUAACCUAACAAAAUGUGGAAAAAGGCAUAUCCUCAGAUAUAUACCUCAGACAAACUUCCUUUUUAUUUAUUUUUUCACAGCUUUUAUGCAUGAACCAGCUUAGACUCUUAAGGAUUUUAGAACCUCAUCCGUCGACCCUGUUUGACCUUGAGACUUGGUAUGUAGAUGUCUUUCCUGAUGCUGAACAAAUUUGCCUCAAGGAUCCAUAAGAUCUGUCAGGAUAGAUUUUCCUCCAUCUUGGACAUUUUGGAAAACGUCUUCUCAUGAACCAUAACAACACAUUUGAUAUGUAGGGCCCAUCCCUUGACUUAGUUUAAGAAAAGCUAAAGGAUAUGUUAAGAAAUGGCUGAAUUAUUAAUAAAUCAGGAAAUCAGA